AUGGGAGGUAUCGUGCUUUUUUUUCCGUGCCCGCGUCCACUGUUCCGCAAUUCGUUGUCUCCCGCCUGCCUUUUGUUUUGCGCGCGCGGCGCCUGCCUUCGGGCCCAGUGGGCCGGAGCGCCGCGCCGCGCCGCGUCGCGUCGCGGUGACCUGGAUCGCCCCGUCGCCCACCUGGGCGGCCUCCGCGACGCAGACACCUGCGCACCUGGAGAAAGUUUCGCCAUCCGACAGCAGGCCCGUGUCGUGCUGAGGGUGGCUCCCCUCGCGGCCGAUGGCCCUCGAUCUGUCAUCACCACCGUCAUCGCCAUCACCAUCCGUCAUCGAGAGCGUUCGAGAACUGCACCACCAUCGAUCGCAUCGCUCCCAUCCACCCAUCGAUUAACGUUUCAGAACUCUCUUACUACUUAGAGCGUGUGCACGAGUGUGAAGAUUGCCGUGAAGACAACAGAUGUACAAAUCUGUAUUUUUGCUUUGAAUUCUGGACCUGCAUUUUUCUAAAUAAUUCGAAAUAAUUCGUUUUUGCUGCAGACAACAUGUAUAAACAUAUUUCAUAAUUGUGUAAGAAGGCCAUUUAUAUUUGUAAACAAGUCUUGGUGACAUUAUCCGGCAUCCAUAUCAAGUAAAUUAUUUCACAACGCCGAUUGAGGCGUUGCUUUCAUCAUAUCAUUAUCACCAACACUUUUUUAUGAAUAUUUAUUUUAGAUUUCUAAAUAAUGGAUUUAUUGCAAUAAUUAGGUAGAUACAAUUUUAGAAAUAGCUGUAAAUUUUCACUACUGUACACGCACAUAACUAUUUAUGGUACCUGUUUUAGUUUAUAUUUUGUGUUAUUAAUGUAUUUUUUAAUUUGUGUUUGUUCUACUUCCUUCUGAAAUAAUCUCAAAACAUAAUUCAACAUAAUUCAGCACGACAUUAAGGAAAAAAAGUCAUUGUCACUCAAAUAUCACAGUAGCGAAAGGAUUUAAACAAUAUCCUGGGCCUUGUAUAAAAAUAUUUUCAUCUCCUAUUGUUAAUUGUAAGUAUUAAUGUAUGUUGUUGUCUGUGAUGUUAGUCAUUUUGUUUUACUGUACAAAAAUGUAUAAACGUCAUAUAAAUGUAUAUUAUAGUGAUUGUAUGAUAUGUGUUAUGAGACACAAAAUCUGCACUCAAACUUGAUAAUGAGGAAAUAUUUAAAAAGUAUAUAUAUGAAAGUUUAUUGUAAAUUUGAGUGUUAAGUGUUUGAAAACAACAUGAUUAUAUUUGUCUCGACAUUGAAUGUGUUGUUUUGCCGACAGGUGUAAAAUAAAAUGUCACAAAUCAUAUAUGAAAGAAAAAACUAUAAAUAUAAAAAGUCAAAUAUUA